GUCUUUUUGAGUUUUCGGAAGCGCUUAGAAGAGAGAGAAAGGGAGGAGAGAGAAAGGGAGAGAGCUGAGUGUGGGUGCACACCGUCCAUGUCCCCACUGCCCACAGCUGACCAGAAAAGCCUAGAGAGAGAAAGUCUCAGGCCUUUAGAGAGAGAAACAAAAGCUUAGAGAGAGAGAGAGAGAGAGAGAGAGAGAGAGAUUGUUGGUAUAUAAGCUCAAAAGGUUCAUUAGGAGAGAGAGAGAGAGAGAGAGGGAGGCAAGGGGAGAUAGAAGCUGAGACAUUGUUCAAGCCCUUUGCUUGCCGAUCGCCUCAAUCGAUUGCGGAAUAUUCUGAAAUCGUUUGAUGUUUGGAGUCUCGUCUGAUCUGUAGACACUGAGGUUAAUCUAGUGGCGGUGUUCUGUUCAUCAGGUGCGGCGUCGGAUGAGUUGAAGAUCAGGAUCGUCUUCAAUUGUCAUCCAUGGCUGCACCUAUUAAUAUAGUUGUAGGUUCUCAUGUAUGGGUUGAAGACCCAGGGGUGGCGUGGAUUGAUGGAGAAGUUACUCAGAUCAGUGGUCAUGAGGCUCAUGUUCAUACUGCAAAUGGGAAAACAAUGGUUGCAAAUAUAUCCAAACUAUUUCCAAAGGAUACUGAAGCUCCACCUGGUGGCGUUGAUGACAUGACAAAACUUUCAUAUUUGCAUGAACCUGGAGUUUUGCAGAACUUGGCCACUAGAUAUGAACUCAACGAAAUAUACACGUACACUGGCAAUAUUCUGAUUGCAGUUAAUCCAUUUCAAAGACUACCUCAUCUCUAUGAUACGCACAUGAUGGAACAAUAUAAAGGAGCAGCUUUUGGAGAGUUAAGUCCUCAUGUUUUUGCAGUUGCAGAUGUUGCAUACAGGGCAAUGAUUAAUGAAGGAAAGAGCAAUUCAAUUCUGGUUAGUGGGGAAAGUGGUGCUGGUAAAACUGAGACAACAAAGAUGCUUAUGAGGUAUCUUGCAUACUUGGGUGGGCGAGCUGGAGUUGAGGGAAGAACAGUGGAACAGCAAGUUCUGGAGUCGAAUCCAGUUCUUGAAGCAUUUGGCAAUGCUAAAACUGUCAGGAACAACAACUCAAGUCGUUUUGGUAAAUUUGUUGAACUCCAAUUUGACAAGAAUGGGAGGAUAUCUGGGGCAGCUGUCAGAACUUAUCUGCUUGAAAGGUCUCGUGUUUGCCAAAUUUCUGAUCCUGAGAGGAACUACCAUUGCUUUUACCUUCUUUGUGCUGCACCACCUGAGGAGAUUGAGAGAUAUAAGUUGAGGAACCCAAAAUCUUUCCAUUAUUUAAACCAAUCAAAUUGCUAUGAGCUAGAUGGUAUAAAUGAUGCUCAUGAAUAUCUUGCAACCAGAAGAGCUAUGGACAUAGUUGGAAUAAGUGAGCAAGAACAGGAAGCCAUCUUCAGGGUUGUAGCAGCAAUUCUUCAUCUUGGUAAUAUUUGCUUUGCAAAGGGAAAGGAGAUAGAUUCCUCAGUGAUUAAGGAUGAACAGUCCAGAUUCCAUCUUAAUAUGACAGCUGAACUUCUUAGAUGUGAUGCCCAGAGCUUGGAAGAUGCCCUAAUUAAACGUGUAAUGGUGACCCCAGAAGAAGUUAUUACAAGAACUCUUGACCCUGUUAAUGCAGUUGGUAGCAGGGAUGCUUUGGCUAAAACGAUAUACUCUCGCUUAUUUGAUUGGAUUGUAGAUAAAAUUAAUGUUUCAAUUGGGCAGGAUCCAAACUCGAAGUCCUUAAUUGGAGUUCUUGAUAUCUAUGGAUUUGAAAGUUUUAAGUGCAACAGUUUUGAGCAGUUCUGCAUCAAUUUUACAAAUGAGAAACUGCAGCAGCACUUUAAUCAGCAUGUCUUUAAAAUGGAGCAGGAGGAGUAUACCAAAGAAGAGAUAAAUUGGAGCUACAUUGAGUUUGUUGACAACCAAGAUGUGUUGGAUUUAAUUGAGAAGAAACCUGGGGGCAUUAUUGCACUUCUAGAUGAAGCCUGCAUGUUUCCUAAGUCUACACACGAGACAUUUGCACAGAAAUUGUACCAGACAUUUAAAAAUAAUAAGCGGUUCAUUAAACCAAAGCUUUCUCGGACUGAUUUUACCAUAUCACACUAUGCAGGAGAGGUACCUUAUCAAGCUGAUCUGUUUUUGGACAAAAACAAAGAUUAUGUGGUGGCUGAACAUCAAGCUCUAUUGACUGCCUCAAAUUGCUCCUUCGUGGCCAGUCUAUUUCCUCCGCUUCCUGAGGAAUCGUCAAAGUCAUCAAAAUUUUCUUCCAUUGGAUCGCGCUUUAAGCUGCAACUUCAAUCCUUGAUGGAGACAUUAAAUGCCACAGAACCUCACUACAUCAGAUGUGUGAAGCCAAAUAAUGUCCUGAAGCCCGCUAUUUUUGAGAAUUUUAAUGUCAUCCAGCAAUUGCGUUGUGGUGGUGUUCUUGAGGCAAUCAGGAUCAGCUGUGCUGGAUAUCCUACAAGACGGACAUUUUAUGAAUUCCUUCUUCGUUUUGGUGUUCUUGCUCCAGAAGUCUUGGAGGGAAACUAUGAUGAUAAGGUUGCAUGUGAAAUGAUUCUUGAUAAAAAGGGCUUGAAAGGAUACCAGAUAGGGAAGACAAAGGUUUUCCUCAGAGCAGGUCAGAUGGCUGAAUUGGAUGCCAGAAGAGCAGAGGUGCUUGGAAAUGCAGCUAGAAUCAUUCAGCGACAAAUUCGUACUUAUAUUGCUCGCAAAGAGUUCAUCUCAUUACGCAAAGCUGCUAUUAAGUUGCAAUCUCAUUGCCGACGUAAAAUGGCAUGUAUACUGUAUGAGCAGUUAAGGCAGGAAGCUGCAGCUCUGAAUAUUCAGAAAAUGUUCCGCUGUUACCUGGCCAGGAACUGCUACUUGGAUGUACGUUCAUCUGCAAUCAUACUGCAGACAGGCUUAAGGGCAAUGACAGCACGUGAUGAAUUCCGAUUCAGGAAGCAAACUAGAGCUGCUGUCAUUAUACAGGCUAAUUGGCGUUGCCACAAGGCUUAUUCUUAUUACAAGAGUCUGCAGAAGGCUGCAAUUGUUUCCCAGUGUGGCUGGAGAUGUCGAGUCUCAAGAAGAGAGCUCAGAAAGCUAAAAAUGGCUGCAAGGGAUACUGGGGCUCUUAAAGAGGCAAAGGACAAACUGGAAAAACGUGUUGAGGAGCUUACAUGGCGUUUACAGCUUGAGAAGCGACUAAAGACUGAUCUUGAGGAGGCAAAAGCUCAAGAAAUUGCUAAGCUACAGGAAGCAUUGCAUGCAAUGCAAUUGCAAGUAGAAGAAGCUAACUCCAUGAUUGUCAAAGAACGAGAGGCAGCUCGGAAAGCUAUUGAGGAAGCUCCACCAGUCAUUAAGGAGACCCAUGUUAUAGUCCAAGACACUGAAAAGAUUGAUUCAUUAACGGCUGAAGUUGAAAGAUUGAAGGCUUCGCUGCUAUCGGAAGCUCAAACUGCGGAAGAGGCCAAACAAGCAUGUUCUCUUGCCCAGGCUAAAAAUGUGGAAUUGUCUGGGAAGCUUGAACAUGCUGAGAAGAAAGUGGAUCAGCUUCAAGAUUCAGUGCAAAGGCUCGAAGAGAAACUUUCUAACUUAGAAUCAGAGAAUCAAGUACUUCGUCAACAAGCACUGACUAUAUCACCGACUGGUAAAGCUUUAUCUGCACGAUCUAAGUCAACAAUCAUUCAGAGGACUCCAGAGAAUGGGAAUGUUUUAAAUGGUGAAGCAAGGAAAGCAUCGGAUUCAGUCCUUGCUGUAUCUUACCCAAGAGAACCUGAAAGUGAAGAAAAGCCACAGAAAUCUCUUAAUGAGAAACAGCAGGAGAAUCAAGAUCUGCUAAUAAAAUGUAUUUCACAAGAUCUAGGCUUCUCUGGAGGCAGGCCCAUUGCUGCUUGUCUGAUAUACAAAUGUCUUCUCCAUUGGAGGUCAUUUGAGGUUGAAAGAACCAGUGUUUUUGAUCGUAUUAUUCAAACAAUAGGUGCUGCAAUAGAGGUCCAGGAUAACAAUGACACAUUGUGCUAUUGGUUAUGUAACUCAUCCACUCUUCUAUUGCUCCUUCAACGCACACUUAAAGCAAGUGGCGCAGCUAGCUUGACUCCGCAACGGCGAAGAACAUCAUCAGCCUCUCUGUUUGGGAGGAUGUCUCAAGGGCUCCGAUCAUCUCCACAAAGCCCAGGUUUUUCACUUCUUAGUGGUCGAGUGCUUACUGGACUGGAUGACUUGCGACAAGUAGAAGCCAAAUAUCCAGCUUUGUUAUUUAAACAGCAACUUACAGCGUUCCUUGAGAAGAUAUAUGGAAUGAUAAGAGACAAUUUAAAAAAGGAAAUCUCCCCAUUGCUUGGAAUGUGUAUUCAGGCACCAAGGACAUCCCGGGUUAGUUUGGUAAAGGGACGCUCUCAUGCAAAUGCUGUUGCCCAACAAGCUUUGAUUGCUCAUUGGCAGAGCAUCGUGAAAAGCCUAAGUAGUUAUUUAAAGACAAUGAGAGCCAACUAUGUCCCACCAUUCCUUGUGCGGAAGGUCUUCACUCAGAUAUUUUCAUUCGUCAAUGUUCAGCUGUUCAACAGCCUUCUUUUGCGGCGUGAAUGUUGCUCAUUCAGCAAUGGAGAGUAUGUGAAAGCUGGGUUGGCAGAGUUAGAACAGUGGUGUCAUGAAGCUACUGAGGAGUAUGCAGGCUCAGCUUGGGAUGAGCUGAAACAUAUCAGACAAGCAGUUGGAUUCCUGGUCAUACAUCAAAAGCCUAAGAAGACUUUGAGAGAAAUUACAAAUGAUCUUUGCCCUGUGCUCAGCAUACAACAAUUGUACAGGAUUAGUACGAUGUACUGGGAUGACAAAUAUGGUACACACAGUGUCUCUUCUGAUGUUAUUUCAAGUAUGAGAGUUAUGAUGACUGAGGACUCAAAUAAUGCUGUCAGCAGUUCGUUCUUACUUGAUGAUGAUUCAAGUAUCCCGUUCACAGUUGAUGACAUUUCAAAGUCAAUGCAACAAAUAGAAAUUGCUGAUAUUGAUCCACCGCCUCCUAUUCGUGAAAACUCAGGCUUUACAUUUUUACUACAACGAGCAGAAUGAGUUUGAAUUGGAUAUAGUUUUCUUUCAACCCUCUUUUCCCUUCCAUGGUGCAUGGCUCUCCCUCCGAGAGGUACAUGCUGCAAAGUCUGUGCAUAUGUUCACAUGCUUCAUCAGCUCAAUGUGUAUUUUUAUUAUUUCAUUUCCCCAGGCUAGUAUUUUGUGUGUGUCUGGGCAUAUUCUUUUCAUUUAUUUUUCCUCUUUUUGGUUUUUUUCCUUCUUGAUCGGUGUGGGUAUUUCAUUUAGAGGUUUAGCACUUUUAGUAUCACAGAAGCAACAAUAGAAACAUGCUGUGGGUUCUAGCAUGUCAAUUGAGCAUGGGCUUCAUUUUGUAGUUUGUCGGUCCUUUGAAGCUUUGUAGCUACUUUUUUUGUUCAUUCCCGUAGCGCUUUGAUUGUAAUUUACAACGGACAAUGGUAGCCCGCAUUUUUUUAGGCCAUUUCUGUUGUAUAUCACAGCUGGUUGUGUAAAUGUAAAUUUUUAUUAUUCUUUCAAAAUGAAUGGGUUUGAUGACUGA